AUGGCCAGUUCGGUAACAACUCCGGGCUCAGGACAAGGCGGUCUUCCCGCACACCAUUUCGACAGGGCAGGGAGUCUGCAGCGCAUGUUGGAACUGGAGACGCAAUUCAAGCUGGCUAGACUUGGCAUCGGGAGAGCAGAGAGCACUCCGGACUUGAGGACUCAAAACCAAGAUCUCACUUCUGAGCCGGAUCUGAGAACACUCCGAGAUCGCCGCCGUGACCUGGGACCACCACCUCCAGAGGGAGAGGCAAACAAUGCAAUGCUCAACUCAAUUCGUCGUCGAAGCGUCACAGGCCCACCACUUUCCAUCGACAUCGUUCCAUCUGCCCGGGUCAAUAGCAAAAGCCGCUCCAAGACGGUGAGCUUUGCAGCUCCGGAUGAGGACGAUGAUUCUGACCGUUCUUCGAUAUGUCAAUCACCGGGAUGGGGUGAUCUUGGGUUUAGCAGGAAGAAGAAGAAGAAGGAAAAGGAAAAGUCACCAACCACUCCGAAACCUGCCGAAGAUAAGAAAACAAAGAGGAGAUCGAGGCUCUCCAAGCUUGCACCACGUCGUGCAGCUGCGCAGCCCACAUCUCCAGUUCCUCCUCUGCCUACAGUGCCCAAAGCUCCAACCUCUGCUGCAGGCGACAGCCAGACACAUUCUACGAAGCCUGCCAAUACCCAGCCGUCCAGUAUCUUGAAGACGCCUGAAAUGCUGAUCAAGUCGACACCACUAAACAGCAUCUCGAAUGAAAACUACACGACAUCGACGAAGUCGAGCAUGAUGGCAGCGACAGCGCAGCAACAGCAACAGCAGCAACAAUCACAGCCACAGCCACCGGUGACGGUGGCCCCUGUGCCAUUCGACCAAGACCGGGGCUUCGUCGGAGGUAUCAGACUGGAGAGAGAAACAGAAGCAGCCUCGCAGGUCUUAUCACACUCGCGCGUUCGCUCAAGAAGUGGCUCACUGUCACUUUUUCCCAAUGCCCGCCCGGUUAUCAACCCACCGCAGCGUGUACCAAUGCAGAGAUCACAGUCCUCGGGUCCCGGUAUAGAUGGUCAUCAGCACAACGUCAACCCAGUGGCACAAAUUCCCAGAAGUGUUACUCUGACAGACAUUCCCAGUAUGAAAAACCAGAGAGUCACCGCCGAAAACAAGCAAACACCUAGUCCCGUCAUUUCCCAAACCCAUACCGGGCACCCCCCAAGCCAAUCCCUUCUCUACUCUACGACCGCGAGGACCGCCAAUUUUUUCAAAGCACGCCAGGAAAAGAGUGAGCGUGAAUUGGCCACGCCAGACUCUUCGAGCUUCUCGCAACUUGGAAAUGACAGUGUUGCCGGGAUUGGGGCCCAUCAGGCCGCCCAAAACUUUGAGUUUCCGAAAACAGCGCACAACACGGGCGAUUUCAAACCCCAGCUUCGGAAACAGCCCCCUCUGUAUGCCAUGCCCAAUAACACGUUUUCGCCGCUCCAGGGGGACCUUCGGUGGCAGAAGCAGUCACCAAUCUCUGGGCCGGCUGGCUCUAUUUCAACCUUUGCAAACACGGAUCAUCGCUCCAUGUAUGCCCAAUCGACCAGCCAAGAUGCUCAACAAGACGCUAGUGGCUUGAACAAAGGGCUCUCACCUGCCCCGCGCCACGCAUAUGCGCAGUCAUAUCAUAGUGGCUCGUCAUCGGCCGUUGACGACCAGUCACCACCUAAUAUCAAGACGGUUUAUCUGAGCCACAGAGGAACCUCAGAGUCACCGCCUCACAGCGGAACGGCUCGGUCGUUCAAGGAGAAGGCUAUGGCGAUGCUAAGAUCGCCAACAGCGGAAUCUCCUCCCGUCAUCACUGGCCCUUUCAACCCGCGCGGCAGCGGCCUCUCUUUCCAUGAGGCCAGCCCUGAGCCAGAGAUCUCUACAUCUGUGGAGCAACUUGUCGCUGCGCCCUCCCAAAGGGCUGGCCAGACUUCGGGUGGCUCAUCAACCUCGUCUUUCGACGACUCUUACAUGACCUCACUGAACACCACGCCGGACAGCUCAAGGCCCCAGUCGGCCAAGGAAACGCCUGCAAUCGUCAGUGAGAUGACAAACGUUCCGGGACGCGGCAAGAUCGUGGCAAACGACAGUAGGACUCAACGUCACUCCCACCAGGCCUCCCUAGUGGUCAUGAAGCAGCCGUCCCUCCGAAGCCGGUUGAAGAGAUCAUCCAGCACCUACUCGCAGAUUGACUCGCCGUUUCAUCUGGAGGCCAGCGCAAAAUAUGAAUUUUCAAACGGCAAGCCGGUUCUCUCGACACCUGUGCCAAGCCAAAAAGGCGAGUCCUUUGUUAUUGACUUUUCGGAGCUGGUGGCAACCGGAGAUAAAGUCGAAGGCACAGAGUCCCUGGCCAAGACAAAUAGCCGAGACGAACAGCCAGACUCUCGCGUGUGGCACAACGUUGCCAGCUCAAUCGACUCGGUCGACUCUGAGCCCUCAGACCUAAGCAGGGCUACAUCACAGGAGGAGUCGGAUGGAUCCUCCACCGCAGUCGAUGUGUCCUUCCUGCCUCCCCUUAAGCAUGAGCCCUUCAUCCCUCCUAAGUCGAGAGCGAGGAAGAGCAGAAUGCUCAGGAGCACGGAAAGUACAGACGACGACGAGUCCACAGCGCCAAGGAUCGCCAUAGCCGUGGAGCACCCGCAGCUGGCCACCGGCGCGGCCUAUCUCAGAGAGGCUAGGAAAUCCGUCCUCAUGCCUCCGUCGCUCAUCUCGAUGCCCCAAUCCAAACCACCCAAGAUACCCGCAAGACUUUCGCUUGCGCCCCCGAUCUCAAUGGUCGUGCCCAAGGCACCAAAAACACCCAAGCCUAUCCUCGCAAACUCGUCGGCCAACAGGCUCUCGGCCCAGCCGGUCAUUAUCCCACCAGCCCUACCCACCCCUGACAAGGCAACCGCCCCUGCGGGCGUGACGGUGUCGAGGCGGUCGCUGCUCCCACCGCCCUCGCCGUCUUCGACCGCCAACGCCGUGGCGAUCAAGAAGGCAGCACCGCCGCCCGAGCUGCUCGGGCAAAAGGUGGCCAAGAUGCUGGUCGAGUGCUGCAGCUGCCGUUUCCUGCAUGACAUGCCCAGCCGCUUGUACGAGUGCAUGGUGAGCCCGGACGCGGUGGUCGAGGACCACGCCAUGGGCAUCAGCGGUGCCAUCACGACCAUGGUCAAGUGCCCCUGGUGCGCCCACAACAUGAGCACCAGCUGCUGCGCUGGAUAUGCUGCCGUUAUUCACUUGACUGAGAGGAUGCACUAG